AUGUGCUCUCUCUCUCUCUUCUUCACAAUUGUAUAUAUACACACAAACCCACAUAGUUUCAUGUCUCCCUCUUUUUAUAUGUACUACAUAAAUUGAAGCCAUAUCAAUGGGAAACUGCCUGAUACACGACAAUGGCUUUGCUGGAAAAGAUCUCGAACCCGAGCUCCCGGUUGAGUUAUUGGAAGAAGGUAAAGUGAGUAGCGGUGAGGAAGGAGGAAAUGAAAGAUCAACACCAAAAGAGUCUAAAGUGGUGAGGAUCAAAGUAGUGGUGACAAAAGGAGAACUUAGAGAAAUCUUGGGUCACAAGAGAGGUAUCUAUUCCAUUCAAGACUUAGCUCAUGUUCUCAAAGAUAGUGGCAGAAACAUCUCCAGGGCUUAUGAAGAAGAAGAAGAAGAACAAGAUGAAAACUGGAGGCCUACGUUAGAAAGUAUUCCUGAGAACUAAUCAUAUCUAUACAUUCAACUAAGAUUUCAGUUUCUUCUCUAGUUUUUCUUACCUUUUCCAAGACGGCUGUUUAUUUUGUUGUCCAUGAUUGCUCCUUUUUAACCAAUGUUGUAUCAGAAACAUUGGUUUCUUGUUCCUUUCCUUGUUUUUUCCCCAGGAUGUUUGGUGCUUUCUGUUUUUGUUAGAGCACUAAUUAACUAUUACAUGUCAUCAUGUUGUGUCUAAAUAGUUAAUGAAAUGUGGCAUUUUAUAUAUAUGGUCGAAAGAUCAGUCUUUUAUGUACAAUGAAUUUUU